AUGUCAUCUUAAACAUUCAGCAAAGAAACAGGGGGGAUGUUUUUUUUUGUGAAAGGCACAAUAAGAAUAACUAUUUUGUGUUUCUGUUAGUGCCUUUCCUCACAUAGUAGAGCCUUCUAAUAGCACCAGAAUCGCCAUAUAUCUCAGUUCUGUUGUUUCACGGCAAAGGUGCUAGUUCGGGAGCAGGCAGAUGACACGAUGAUGUUUCUUCACCGAGUUUGGCACGUGCAAAUGUUUUCAAGAUUGUUCUGGUAUUUGUUAACUUUUCUGCUUGCAGAACAACCUUGUGUUUAUGCAAGAUUUCUGCCAACUUCAGCAAAAAGCCAUUUGGAUGUAUUUAUAGACUGCCAUUUCUGUAUUCCGGUUAAGUUCUUGCCUCCUCCUUUGAGGAACUCUGAAUGAAGCAAGUGAAUAUUUGGGAAAUAUCAGAAGACCCUUCUCCUUAAAGAGCAGACCUACUGGAAAAGGAGGGAAAAGGAUUCAAGUCUGUCUCUGGAAUAUUUCUUGAGAGUAACAUUUGAAGCGAUUUCCCAUGUUUGAAGAGAUGGUGGUUUGUUUUCUGAAGUCAUGAUACAGAAUUGCUGGAUUUUAGAAGUCGGUCACUUCUGCAUGUGCUGUGGAACAGAAAGGUCAGAGUAGAAAAUACUAUCCUCCUGUUCUGUCCAAGCCAUGGAAAUUACUAUCCUGUAAUCAUCCAAGGCCCGUGAGAACUAAGACCCUGCUCCACCGAUCCUGCAUCAAAGCGACACCUUGGCCCCAUGAGAACAGCCACUCCAGCCCAUUGUCAGGUGCUGGAUUCUGGCUGCUCCUGCACGUAGUGGGCUCAGGCUCCUCCACGGUGUUGGGCAUCUGUACAUGGAGUUCCUCUUCCUCUGUGCUAUUGUUUCCACUGUAGGCUGUCAGCAUAAGCUGCUAGAGACCUUUCUAAUCACGUAGACUCUAAGCACUUGGUUUUAUCUGUAUGUGUGUCCAGUUAAAGAUUGUCACCAGAAUCUCUACAACCCUCUGGUCUCCCCACCCCAGUGUACUACAGAAAUUGUGAAGCUGUUGGCUAGCAAAUGUGUUUUUGUUAGGCUCUCAAGAUUUCAGUAAGGGUGUUGAUAAAUUUUUGGCUCCACAUAUAAUGUAAUUUUUGCCCGUAAAAAAAUUUUACGUGAUGACACUGGAAAAACAAGAUGUGUUUUAUAAACACACCGGGAGUCUUUGCUGAUGGUUUUCAUAAGUGUGCUGUGUCAAGUUCAGUCUGAAAGGUUUUGUGAGAAAUUACUGAAGAAUUUUUGCAGGAAUUGCUUGUUUAAUAUCUGUGCAGAAUGUCUACUGUGUCACAAGAAAAUUAGGGGAGGAGUUUGCAAGGGCAACGCUCAGAAAGGUGGGAGUUGAAUAAUAGUAUAUGCAAUUUGGAGUAGAGGAAACAGCAAGUCUUUUGCAGAGGACAUCUUUAAUUUCUAAAACGUGGAAAUGACACUGCUGCACCUCACCACAGGGUUUCUGCUGUGGAUGUGUUGUGCUACACAUAAAGCUUCUGCAGGAGCAGCAUGUGAAGACCCACCUCUCAUUGAGUUUGGCAAAAUUGUUAGUGGCAUUAAAUCCGAAUAUGAGGAAAAUGACAGAGUGCAAUACACAUGCGACCCUGGAUAUGCUUUAUCAGGAUCAGAAUGGGUAACAUGCCAUGGAAAAGUCUGGAUGCCUGGACCACCUCAGUGUUUGGAAAGACCAUGUGGAAGUAUUCCAGCAGUGGCCAAUGCUGCAUUUGAAGGCAGGAGCAAGGAGAAGUAUGAGCCUGGUGAAACAGUUCGCUACCAGUGUCAUGAAGGAUUUCAGGUCACUGGUCCCCCUGAAAUUUUUUGCAGAAGGGGAACUUGGUCAACACCACCAAUCUGUGAAGAGAAGGAUAGAAAAUGUGGCCCACCUCCAGAUAUUGAAUACGGAGACAUCCUUUCCUUCCCAUUACCAGAAUAUGACCAUGGUAAAACUGUGAAAUACAAAUGCCCAAGUUUCUACAUCCUGGAAGGACCUGAGCAAAUCACCUGCAUUAAUGGGCUUUGGACAAAUCCCCCAGUUUGCUUGGCGGCUUGUACGGCCUCUGAAGAAGAUAUGGACAGAAACAAUAUUGAGCUGAGAUGGAGAGGAGAAAGAAAGCUGUACUCAACAUCAGGCGAUUUUGUUGAAUUUGAUUGUAAAAUAGGACAUGUGCAGGACCCAGCAUCUUCCCCCUUCAGAGUGCAGUGCAUGGAUGGGACAUUAGAAUACCCACGGUGCAAGCCAGGAAGGGAAGGUGGAAAAUGCGGCCCACCUCCAGAUAUUGAAAACGGAGACAUCCUUUCCUUCCAGUUGAAACAAUACCCCCAAGGUGCAAUGCUGAAAUACAAAUGUGCAAGUUUCUACAUCCUGAAAGGACCUGAGCAAAUCACCUGCAUUGACGGGCAGUGGACAAAUCCCCCAGUUUGCUUGGCGGCAUGUACGACGUCUGAAGAAGAUAUGGACAGAAACAACAUUGAGCUGACAUGGAGUGGAGAAAGAAAGCUGUAUUUAAAAUCGGGCGAUAUUGUUGAAUUUGAUUGUAAAAUAGGAUACGUGCAGGACCCAGCAUCUUCCCCCUUCAGAGUGCAGUGCAUGGACGGGACAUUGGAAUACCCACAGUGCAAGCCAGGAAAUGUGACGUGUGAACCUCCUCCAGAAAUUGCUGGUGGAAAAGUUCAAGGUGUUAAAAAGCCAAGGUAUUUGCCUGGGGAGACAGCUCACUAUCAGUGCUGGCAAGGUUUUCAGAUGACGGGGGCUUCCACCGUAACAUGUAAGAAUGGGACCUGGACAGAGCGGCCCCAGUGCAAAGGGAAGAGUAGAAAAUGUGGCCCACCUCCAGAUAUUGAAAACGGAGACAUCCUUUCCUUCCCAUUACCAGAAUAUGACCAGGGUCAGACUGUGAAAUACAAAUGCCCAAGUUUCUACAUCCUGAAAGGACCUGAACAAAUCACCUGCACUGACGGGCAGUGGACAAAUCCCCCAGUUUGCUUGGCGGCUUGUACGGCCUCUGAAGAAGAUAUGGACAGAAACAAUAUUGAGCAGAGAUGGAGAGAAGAAAGAAAGCUGUACUCAACAUCAGGCGAUUUUAUUGAAUUUGAUUGUAAAAUAGGACAUGUGCAGGACCCAGCAUCUUCCCCCUUCAGAGUGCAGUGCAUGGACGGGACAUUAGAAUACCCACGGUGCAAGCCAGGAAAAAUUCUAUGCUCUCCUCCAAGAGUUCCCAAUGGGAACUUUAGACCUCAAGAAGACAGCUACAGAGAAGGGGCUACGAUCACAAUAGACUGUAAUCCUGGAUAUCAUUUGAGAACACUGCCUGGCAAAAAUACAGCUCAAUGCACCAGCAGAGGCUGGGUGCCUGCUCCAGAUUGUGUUGAGAAACCCUGUGACUACCCAGUGAUAGAAAAUGGCAAGAUAAGUGAAAGAAUGGCACACUCUUACUUUCCAAUGAGGAUUGGACAGUAUGUUGAUUACCACUGUCGUAAUGGCUACUUAGCCCCAAAUGGAGGAAGAGUCGUUCGAAUUUACUGUUCAAAAGGGGGCUGGAAUCCAGAGCCAAAAUGCCUCAAAACAUGCUUUGUAACACACCUGGAAAACGGUUAUUUCAGAUAUAAUCGUUAUACUUACACGGAAGGUGAAAGAAUUCAAUAUGUCUGCAACCAAGACUAUCGUACUGAAAGUGCAGGUGGUGAAGUUACAUGCACAAAGAAUGGCUGGUCACCUUUCCCAAGAUGUAUCCGUAAGAUGGUUUGUACGGCCUCUGAAGAAGAUAUGGACAGAAACAAUAUAGAGCUGAUAUGGAGAGGAGAAAGAAAGCUAUACUCAACAUCAGGCGGUUUUACUGAAUUUGAUUGUAAAAUAGGAUACGUGCAGGACCCAGCAUCUUCCCCCUUCAGAGUGCAGUGCAUGGACGGAACAUUAGAAUACCCACGGUGCAAGCCAGGAAAUGUGACGUGUGAACCUCCUCCAGAAAUUGCUGGUGGAAAAGUUCAAGGUGUUAAAAAGCCAAGGUAUUUGCCUGGGGAGACAGCUCACUAUCAGUGCUGGCAAGGUUUUCAGAUGACGGGGGCUUCCACAGUAACAUGCCAGAAUGGGACCUGGACAGGGCGGCCCCAGUGCAAAGUUAUUGGUCUUCCAGGGGAAGGUGGAAAAUGCGGCCCACCUCCAGAUAUUGAAAAUGGAGACAUCCUUUCCUUCCAGUUGAAACAAUACCCCCAAGGUGCAAUGCUGAAAUACAAAUGUGCAAGUUUCUACAUCCUGAAAGGACCUGAGCAAAUCACCUGCACUGACGGGCAGUGGACAAAUCCCCCAGUUUGCUUGGCGGCUUGUACGGCCUCCGAAGAAGAUAUGGACAGAAACAAUAUUGAGCUGAGAUGGAGAGGAGAAAGAAAGCUGUACUCGACAUCAGGCGAUUUUAUUGAAUUUGAUUGUAAAAUAGGAUACGUGCAGGACCCAGCAUCUUCCCCCUUCAGAGUGCAGUGCAUGGACGGGACAUUAGAAUACCCACGGUGCAAGCCAGGAAUUAUUGGUCUUCCAGGGGAAGGUGGAAAAUGCGGCCCACCUCCAGAUAUUGAAAAUGGAGACAUCCUUUCCUUCCAGUUGAAACAAUACCCCCAAGGUGUAACGCUGAAAUACAAAUGUGCAAGUUUCUACAUCCUGAAAGGACCUGAGCAAAUCACCUGCAUUGAUGGGCAGUGGACAAAUCCCCCAGUUUGCUUGGCGGCUUGUACGGCUUCUGAAGACGAUAUGGACAGAAACAACAUUGAGCUGAGAUGGAGAGGAGAAAGAAAGCUGUACUCAACAUCAGGCGAUUUUGUUGAAUUUGAUUGUAAAAUAGGAUACGUGCAGGACCCAGCAUCUUCCCCCUUCAGAGUGCAGUGCAUGGAUGGGACAUUAGAAUACCCACGGUGCAAGCCAGGAAGGGAAGGUGGAAAAUGCGGCCCACCUCCAGAUAUUGAAAACGGAGACAUCCUUUCCUUCCAGUUGAAACAAUACCCUGAAGGUGCAACGCUGAAAUACAAAUGUGCAAGUUUCUACAUCCUGAAAGGACCUGAGCAAAUCACCUGCAUUGAUGGGCAGUGGACAAAUCCCCCAGUUUGCUUGGCCGCUUGUACGACAUCUGAAGAAGAUAUGGACAGAAACAACAUUGAGCUGAAAUGGAGUGGAGAAAGAAAGACGUAUUUAAAAUCAGGCGAUUUUGUUGAAUUUGAUUGUAAAAUAGGAUACGUGCAGGACCCAGCAUCUUCCCCCUUCAGAGUGCAGUGCAUGGAUGGGACAUUAGAAUACCCACGGUGCAAGCCAGGAAAAAUUCUAUGCUCUCCUCCAAGAGUUCCCAAUGGGAACUUUAGACCUCAAGAAGACAGCUACAGAGAAGGGGCUACGAUCACAAUAGACUGUAAUCCUGGAUAUCAUUUGAGAACACUGCCUGGCAAAAAUACAGCUCAAUGCACCAGCAGAGGCUGGGUGCCUGCUCCAGAUUGUGUUGAGAAACCCUGUGACUACCCAGUGAUAGAAAAUGGCAAGAUAAGUGAAAGAAUGGCACACUCUUACUUUCCAAUGAGGAUUGGACAGUAUGUUGAUUACCACUGUCGUAAUGGCUACUUAGCCCCAAAUGGAGGAAGAGUCGUUCGAAUUUACUGUUCAAAAGGGGGCUGGAAUCCAGAGCCAAAAUGCCUCAAAACAUGCUUUGUAACACACCUGGAAAACGGUUAUUUCAGAUAUAAUCGUUAUACUUACACGGAAGGUGAAAGAAUUCAAUAUGUCUGCAACCAAGACUAUCGUACUGAAAGUGCAGGUGGUGAAGUUACAUGCACAAAGAAUGGCUGGUCACCUUUCCCAAGAUGUAUCCGUAAGAAUGUGACGUGUGAACCUCCUCCAGAAAUUGCUGGUGGAAAAGUUCAAGGUGUUAAAAAGCCAAGGUAUUUGCCUGGGGAGACAGCUCACUAUCAGUGCUGGCAAGGUUUUCAGAUGACGGGGGCUUCCACAGUAACAUGCCAGAAUGGGACCUGGACAGAGCAGCCCCAGUGCAAAGGGGAAGGUGGAAAAUGCGGCCCACCUCCAGAUAUUGAAAAUGGAGACAUCCUUUCUUUCCAGUUGAAACAAUACCCUGAAGGUGCAACGCUGAAAUACAAAUGUGCAAGUUUCUACAUCCUGAAAGGACCUGAGCAAAUCACCUGCAUUGAUGGGCAGUGGACAAAUCCCCCAGUUUGCUUGGCGGCAUGUACGACAUCUGAAGAAGAUAUGGACAGAAACAACAUUGAGCUGAAAUGGAGUGGAGAAAGAAAGUUGUAUUUAAAAUCAGGCGAUUUUGUUGAAUUUGAUUGUAAAAUAGGAUACGUGCAGGACCCAGCAUCUUCCCCCUUCAGAGUGCAGUGCAUGGACGGGACAUUAGAAUACCCACGGUGCAAGCCAGGAAAGGACUGUACAGUGCUUGAGACAGCUAUGGAGAGCAACAAUAUUAAACUAAGACAGCCAAGGAGAAGAUCUUACACGUAUCGUUCUGAGGAGUAUAUUUUGUUUACAUGCAAGGAUUCCUAUCAUGAAGUUUCGAACCCAGAGGAUUUUAAUGCCCAGUGUCAGGACGGAGUGAUAAACUACCCCCGAUGUGAAAAUGUGACGUGUGAACCUCCUCCAGAAAUUGCUGGUGGAAAAGUUCAAGGUGUUAAAAAGCCAAGGUAUUUGCCUGGGGAGACAGCUCACUAUCAGUGCUGGCAAGGUUUUCAGAUGACAGGGGCUUCCACCGUAACAUGUCAGAAUGGGACCUGGACAGAGCAGCCCCAGUGCAAAGCAUUUUGUACGACAUCAAAAGAAGAUAUGAACAGAAACAACAUCGAGCUGAAAUGGGUUGUACAAAGAAAUCUGUCCAUAAAAUCAGGAAAUUUUAUUGAAUUUGAUUGUAAAAUUGGAUAUGUGCAGGACCCAGCAUCUUCCCCCUUCAGAGUGCAGUGCAUGGACGGGACAUUAGAAUACCCACGGUGCAAGCCAGGAAGGAACUGUAUAUUGAGUGAGACGGCUAUGGAGAGGAACAAUAUUAAACUAAGAUGGUCAAGGAAAAGAUCUAACGUAUAUCGCUCUAAGGAGACUAUUUUAUUUAAAUGCAAUUCUCCCUACCGGGAAGUCUCAAACCCAGAGGAUUUUGAGGCACAGUGCCAGGAUGGAGUGAUAAACUACCCCCGAUGUGGAUCGUAUUUUGGAUAAAUGGAAAAGGCAUGAAGGAGCCCAGCUGGAGAAAUGAAAGAUCCUUUGACCAACCCAGUGAUUUGAGCUCAAUUUUCCCUGGAGUUUGCUGUUUCAUUGUGCUGUGUUUGCAGCUUAGCCAAUGUUCUGUGUUGGAAUUUGCCUUUCUUUUUUCCCUUUGAAUUGUUGGAUGAUUGCUUUGACAUGUUACCAUUUUUGUAAAAGUAUUUACAUUUUAUCCAUUCAAAUGACUGUACUUCUUACUUUUUUUCUAUAUUGAUCUCAGUGUUAUUUUAUUAACAUUUGCUUCCUGAAGUAGGCUGGCUUUGGUGGCAUACUGAGACAUCAAUUAAAUUGUGCAGCUAAUUUGCUUAUCAGCAAGUAGUGUGUAUGCGUGUGUGGUCAUGUUUGCUCUAGCUUCUUCUCCAUGUGCUUGCCUGGAAUUUCGUCAAGGGUCAUGGCAACAAAGAAGUCUCUAGUGAUGUGGUCACUCAUUGAGACCUCCUGCUGAUAUUUUGCUGUGGCAGUGCCUUUGGUUAUGUAAUACUGGGGAUUUGACACUCUUAAUUGAAAGCCCCCUUGCGGCCCACAUCAUGGGGCCACAUUUCAAAGAAAGGAUUUUCAUUCUUUGAAA